CACAGCAACAAUGAGAAGUAAAUGGCGCAACCAAGUCUAACAGUAGGGAAAAACCAGGAAAAUGCAGUAAGAGAAUCGAUGAAAACAAAUGGAAACAUUCAAUUUGGUCUGCAGGUUCCAGACCAUUUUGCAAGUUCAGAUUUAAUGAAAUCAACAGAAGAAAGUCGGUCUUUGAAUUUCAAUUUCCUUGGACCAAACCAGUCAUGUUUUGAUGAGGCACACAGAAAUGGACAGGUUUCUAUAACAGAUAACAACAAUCCAGGUCCAACUGGUGGCAGGGAUGGACCACAACCUGUGGAUUUUAGUCUUUUCUGGAGUGAUGUAAAUGCUAAUACCAUUAAAAACAACAGACAACAUCUUGACUCUGGAUUUUUUGAACAGACAAGUUUCAAUGAAAGAUAUUGUAUGAACACAAGUGGAGAUAAAUUUUCUACUUUUGAUGAUAUCGUUUCACAAAUUGUUGAUGAUGAGAAUUCGUUAUUCACAUUUAACCAUAGUUUGGACAAUGCACAACAUACAUAUGGAAUUGAAAGCUCGCCAACGACACCAAGUAGUGCAUGGUCUUCAGGAACUGAUGAUUUUGGUCCUAAAAGUUCAUCAACAAGUUUUAGCUUUUCUGAAGUUUGGGACAGAAGUACAGCUAAUGAUAUACUAAAUCUUUCCAAUAAUCCUAACAAUAAUAUCUUUCCUGUUGAAGAUAAAUCUUUCAUAUCAGAAAGUUCAGAUGUUCUAGACGGAAGCCAGUCUGCACAAUCCAAAGCCUUAGAGAGUUUGAUUCAGGAUUUACAACGCACAGAUCUUUCAGUAUUUGACAAUUUAAAUCAGUUUCCAAUUUCAAGUACAAGGGCACAAGCUAGCAGCACACCUAUUUAUGGCCACACAAAUGAUACAAGACCAGAAAUUCAGCAGAAAGCUAGAAGGUCCUUGGUUUUUGGACAAACAGAGCAGUCUAAUGUUGGGCUGCAAUCAUCUAAACCAGGAAUUAAUUUAAAGCACAUGUCUCAAACAUUUUCUCCAAAAUGUUCUUUAUCUCAGGGUGCUGCAGUAUUUCCAACUCGACCACAAGAUGUGUUCACUACUACACAGGGAUACCCAGCUUCCUUCACAACAAGCAAUACAGUCAUACAAGACCAUGUCUUGUCUGAACCGAAUGGAUUUCACUCUCGUUUGCAAUCUCAAAAGCAUCAUUCAUACAGCUCACCAGUUGUUUCAUCAUCACAAAAUAAAUCAAGUUUUCGAGAACCUGACAUAGGGUCACCACAUUUAUUGAGUAAUACACAAGAGCUUAGACAGUUGGCAGAGCUUGCUACUAACAGCAACAUUUUGUCUCAUCCCCCUCCAGAACUUCAUCGCCAUGACAGACUUGGAAACUCUGAUCCAUAUAAAUUACCACUACCUGACAAUUACAUCCAUGACAUGCUUUUAUCUCCCAUUGUUGAUCACUCAGUGGAUCAUGUCAAUCAGAGAGAUCUCAUUUUGACCGAUCAGUAUGGCAAUAUUCCUCCCGCAAUCCAUCCUGCAUUUUUGAAAUACCACAACCUUGUCAUGCCACCUGUUCUCAUGCCACAAGGAGCCUUUCCAGCAGCAGAUGCCCUAGAGUAUGUUGCAGUGGACCAAUUUGGAAGGCUGAUACCAGCAUAUUAUAGGCCAGAGAUGUAUUUAGAUUUACAGAAUUACAUGUAUGGUUUUCAUCCUUUGCAUCCAGGUUUAAGAAAUCCUUUGAAGAGAACUGGGCCAUCAAAUGAGUUACAUGUCAAGUUGGAGGAAUGCUAUGAACAGUUCAGGAAUGUUGAGAGAGAAAGAAAAAAGACUGAGGCUGAAUUGGCACGUCAAAAUCCGGGAAAAAGGGUAUCAAGCAUGAAUAAUAUAGUUGUUCCAAGGCUACCAUCCAAUCCCUCUAGAGUUGAUAGGCUCAUAGUAGACUCAUUUAAGGAACAUGCAAGGAUUUUAACAUUGAUUGAUAAAAUGGAGAGGUUAAGAAAUAUAACAGUUCAUCCUAACAUCCAUUCAGCCAUGGAAAGAUGGCUGGAAGGGAUCAGAAAAGUACAGGCUAGACGAAAGGAAGAGAUUGUUAAUGCCACAAAUCGUCAUAGGAACGGUGGUCCUAGGCAUCAAGAAGACAAAGAUGUUCUUGCUUUAGCAGCAAGCAUAAGUGAAUUGUCAGAAUUAACAAGAAGGGCAAGAACUGCACAAUGGUGUUCCCUCCAGGCAGCUGAUAAGGACAAUCCUUGUCUUAGUAAACUGGGAAUAGAUAUACAAUCCCUGACAAUGGUCACACAAGGAGAAUCUGCUGGUAAUGAUAAGUCAUAGAAAGAAAUAUCAGAGGAAUGGUCAACUGAGUGGUCAACAUUUGCCUGUACAACUUUUUGACUUGACUGGUUAAGAUGAUUUAUGUGUGAAUUAUUAUGUGAUAGUAGAUAUUAAGUUCAGUCAUAAUCAUGAGAGAUACUGAUCAGAAAUUACUAUUAGGUUGUGAUAUUAGAACAUACAUGUAUUAUUAAGUGGCCAUAAUUAUUUUAUUAUUGUAAUCAAAGUUAAGAUUAGUAUUAUUUGAUGUUAUUUAGAACACUUGUGUAGAUUUUUAAUAAUUUGCAUGAUGUCAUAUGAAUAGUUUGUAUUGAAGUUCCUACCUUUGGUAAAUAUUGAACCAGAGUGUAAUAUUUUAUGUUUAUAUUUUAUUAAAGUUUUCAUCUUUAAACGUUGCACAUUGGCUAUGCUCUCUGAGGACAGGGUCAAGCUGAAGUAGGUAAAGAGCAUUGUUUAAGAUAAUUAAAUUGCAGAAAUAAUGCAAAUUAAUUUAAAUUCAUGCAAAAUCUUAUCAUAUUUGGUAUUAUUUUGUUCUCUUUCUGGAAAAAAAGUAAACAAGAAAGAAACCUUUAAAAUUGCAUUCAGAUGUUUUAAAUUAUUGUUUGGAAUAUGAAUUUUAAAGAAAACACUUUUCCAAACAAUUGAUUCAGAUGUAUUCAUUCUCUUCUUGGGCUACACAAAUAAACAUUUGAGAAAAAACUGAUAAACAUUGACUAUUUUCAAAAAAUUCUUAUUUGGACAAAUACCAAUUCUUGUUAGGGAGGGAGUCCAUCAAUUUUUACAUAUUUCCUCAGGUAUUGUAUACUAGUAUCUAUUCCUAUUUUACAUAUUUUGUCUAUUAAUAUAGAUGCAUGAUUAUAUAGAACUAAUAUGACUCCAUUAACAAUUAAAGUUGAAAUGCCCAUCAGGAUAUGACAUGAUAAAAUUGUUUUGGCCUGUAGAAUUUAAAUAUUUUCAUAGCAUUUAAAGUAUUUGUAUAUAGUCUUUCAUCAUUCCCUUACAAAGUUAGAUGUAAAUUUACUAGUUUUAUUAAGUUAUUGUUAUUUAGAAAUGAUAUUUCAUUGCGUAUCAGGUGCAUAUUUAUUGAAACAGCUUCUUUUUGGUAUUCAGCAGCGUAGUGUGAUUGCUUUAUGUUCAUAGCUAUGUUCAUAGCUGUUUAAAUAUUAUGGAAAAUAUAUAAGAAAAAAAUAAUUGAUAGGAAUAGUAUUCACCAUAUUGUUUCAAAAUCUUAAGUCAUUGGUGUCUUUUUAGUAAUGUCAAAUAUGAUUGUUUAAUUUUAAAAAUAGCAUAUGUACAUGAUGUACUGCAACAUCUUUAAAUUUUUAGAACAUUUUUGAUCACAUGUGCAAAGUUUGUUGUCAGUUUGUCAUAUUUAAAAAAAAUAAAAAAAUAAAAGAGAAGAAGAUUCAGACUUGGCAGAAAUGUUUGGAAAGAUUUAUCAAGUGCUGUUGCUGUGGUCAGAUAACAAACAUAAUGGUCAUGACCAGAAAUGGGUUACUAGAAUUUGACAAAAAUGGAAAAUGGGAAGGACCAUAGAUAAUAAUAAUUUAUUUUAAUGGGAUCAUAAAUGAAAAUGGGACAUGUUUAAAAAAUUGCUGUUAUGAAUCUUAAAGAAACUGUCAUAGUUGUAUAUUAUUAUGUUUAUUAUUUAGAUCAAAUAGUAUUUAUCAUUUUGUACAUAGAAAGGAGGACAUAGAAUUUUUUAUGAAGUUAUACAGCAGGGCAUGUAAUCAUAUAGUUUAUUAAUAUGUAAAUAUCUUUAAUACUGCCAUCUUUUCAUCUUUGAUAAUAACACAUUGUUUGUUAUGAAAGCUUUAAAGAUUUAAAGAUUUUGGUGACUACAUUAUUUCUGUUCAUAAAAAAUAACAAUACAUAGUCUGUGUUCUAAAACUUUGCAUUUGAAUAUAGUUCAUCUCUUUUCAAUAUAUUAUUAUUGAGGAGUAUAAGUGCCAUGUCUAUGAUGUCAGAUUGAUAUAAACAUGUAAAUAUACAGCUAUUUAAAUAGAAUUCUUCAAUCUUGUUCAUGGUGCAACACAUUUCUAGUCUUUCAUUCUAAUAUAUAUCACAGUCUUCAAGUACAUAGCUUAACAGUAUUAUUCUAUGUGUAGUACAUAUUUUGUGCUGUUGAAAAUAAACCCAAAAUAUACUUGAAUUUCUUUUUCCUUCUUUACAUCAGUUUCUCUUAAUCUUUUUGAACAAUUGAAAACAAAUCAGAUUUGUUGAAAAUCUUGUAUAUCUGGGAUCUUUUAUGAACCGUAACAUAAUCACUUAAGCCUUGUGAAGCUGCAAUGAAUAGGAAUUUUGCUUAGCCUAAUUUAUAUUUUGCAUUAAAUGGAUGUUUAAAAGAUACAAAUUAAUAUGAUUGUGAAUAUAAAUAGAAUGUUUGGUCUUAUUUUCUAUUGAAAUUUAUUAACAAUGUUGUUGUUUACCAUUUUCAUUUUUAUAAUUAGAAAUCAGUUGGUUAAGUUGUAGAUGCCAAUUUUCCCAGUAUUUUAGUUGUUGUAGAAACAUAGUGAUGAAUAAAGAGUCUGUUUUAUUUUGUAAAUGUUGAUUUUAUAGUUAAUAUGAGAUUAGCCUAUUGAUGUUUAAAAGUAACAUGUAUUUAUUGAAGAGGCAUGUCUCCAAAUCAAUCAAAAUUAUCAUGUAUUAUACUGCCUAUCAAAAAAUAAACUGAAAAUGCCAUCCAAUAAAAAAAGAAAGAGUUUGUUAAAUCUUGCCAACACUUAAUAAAAUUAAAUAGUUUGGAAUUUAUAUGGGUUCCUUGUUUCAGUAAACAAAUUUCAAUAAUAUAAUAAGUAUUUAUGCAAAAAUAGCUUUUGUUGCAGAUUUUUAAGACCCACUGUGACAGAAGCUAGAUCUGAUUCCCAAGGGAAUCAUGUUAAAGAGACAUUGUGCUUAGAAACAGUUUAUUUUAUCAUUAUGUCAGGAAACUUAAAUUUUAGAGUAUGAUAUUAGGUUGUAAAGAGAGAAAAUAAGUACUUAAAAGUAAAAAAAGUCUGUGUUUUACAUUUUCUUAAAAUUUAGUAUUAAUGCAUUAUGCAGGUGCGUUUUUUAAUAUAAUAUAUAUAAUACAUGAAUAAUCAUGAAAAUAUUAUUCAUAAAUAGACCAGGAAACAAUUAUCUUAAUAUUUGUACACUUUCUAAGAAAUAGUAAAUAUUAUGACAGAUCCAUUAUAUUCCUGGUUCUGAAAAUCUUGAAAUCAGAAAAUUAAAAUAUGUAGCAUUAAAUAGCAAGAAACAUUUAAAAAUAUUGAUGAUUAAUCAGAAAAGUAUUAAUUGCUCCUAGGAUUAAAUUUUGUUCAUCUUUAAAGUGAAAUCACUUAGUUUUUGUUGUCCUCUGUAAUUACAAUUUUAUGUGGCCUUUGACAUUACAAACUCACUUUUUACUUAUGCAUAAUAUAACUCAGUACUUUACAUGCAUUUAAUUGUUCUAGUGAGUACUCUACCAUUUCUCUGUUGGGUUUGGGAGAAGUUAGAUACUAACUUUUGAAGUAAGUGACAUCCUUAGUUAUCAUUAUUCAAAAUGAUAAAAAAAUAAAAUAUUUUGAACUGAAAAGUAUCAUCUUGAUUUACUUAUUUCAAAUAUACUAUCUUUCAGCACUGCUUUUAGUUUAGUUGAGCAUAGUUGCAAUAAAAGACACAGUUCUACUGUAUGUUAAUUAAAAUAUUUAUAUCCAUUGUUUCAGCAUUAAUGUUAUAUUUUCUCUACCUUUGUUGCAAUAUUUUUUGUAAGUGUAAUAAUUUAUGCAAGGUUUUUUUUCUACUUGUUAAAUAAUUUGGUAUUAAACCUAUGCACACAUUCUGUAUUUUGUUGUAAGGAGCACAAUAUAUAUUAUAGUCACAUUAAUCUAUGAAAUAACAUAGUCAGGUUUAGAUAAUAUAAUGGUUGUUUUAUAGUAUAAUGGCUAGAAUUUUUAUUAUGGCUGUCUUUUUUUUUACUAUGUAGAAAUAAUAUUGCCAACCCUGUCACAUUAUAGAAGUAUGUUAUUCCUUGAAUUUGAACAGAUUACUGCUUACUCAGUUGUAAUUCUUGUAGAUAUCAGCAAACCUUCAGAAAUGAUAGAAAUUUAUUUUUAUUAUACGACCGCAAAAAAUUUUUUGGGAUCGUAUGAUGUCGUCGUCAUCUGCGUCGUCGUCCGAAGACACAUUGGUUUCUGGACAAUAACUUAAGUUUAAGUGAAUGGAUCUCUAUGAAAUUUUUUAAGAAGGUUCAAUACCACAAAAGGAAGGUUGGGAUUGAUUUUGGGGAUGAUGGUCCCAACCGUUUAGCAAUUAGGGGCCCAAAACAAGCAUUUUUCUAGUUUUAGGAUAAUAACUUGUGUAUAAGUAUUUCGAUUACUCUGAAAUUGUACGACAAUGUUUAAUACCACAAGUAGAAGGUUGGGAUUUAUUUUAAGGGUUAUGGGCCAGCAGUUUAGGAAUUAAGGGCCAAAAAGGGGCCAAAAACAAGCAUUUUUCUAGUUUCCAGACAAUAACUCGUGUUUAAGUGUAUGGAUCUCUCUGACAUUGUACCACAAGGUUCCAUAUCACAAAGGGAAGGCUAGGAUUGAGUUUGGGGUUAAUUGCCCAAAUAUGUAGGAAUUAGGGGCCAAAAAAGGCCAAAAACAAAAAUUUUUCUAGUUUCCAGACAAUAACUUGUGUUUAAGUGUAUGGAUCUCUCUGAAAUUGUACUACAAGGUUCCAUACUACAAAGGAAAGGCUGGGAUCGAGUUUUGGGGUUAUUGCUCCAAGGGGGGUUUCAAAAAGUUGGGGGGGG